AUGACUCGCCAGAUUUUGACAACCGUUCAGCAGAAGCACACCAUGGUCUUGACCGGCGCUCCGGGUUCCAGCAAACCCUCGGACACGAAGCCAAUAGGACCGUGGUGCACGAAGAAAUCCCGAAGGUCAUGA